AUGUUUUGCACCAAUUGUGUGAUUGAUUUAGACUACAACACAAACUACUGUACUGGCUGUGGACAAGGUAAACAGUAUAAUUAUAAAUCAAUAUUCAUUUGAUUCACUGAUAUAGGAGAAUAUUAACAACUUUGUCAAUGUUUGUCUGCAGGGCCGUACACAGGAUUUUUUCACCAGGGGGCAGUACGUAAGGCCCAUAUGUCAAAAACGUCCUAAAUAUCUAAAGAAUAAGUAAUAAUGUCAUUCUAAAAAUCGUAAAUAUAGUUUUCUCUAGGGGGGGGGCAACUACCCCUCUUGCUGCCCCCCCAUCCCCACUGUGUACUGCCCUGCUUGUUUGAUAUUUCUGUGCCAGCAGGAUAUUCUGUAAUGAUUAAUGGUAUCCUGGUUGAUUUAUAGGAUAUUCAAGUUUACACUAAAAAAUGUUUUAAAGUUAGCAUAAAACAUAUUGAUCUAUAAGACAACAAUGGACGACUUGCGCUUUAGACUAAAUUUUAAUCUAAGUAAGAACAACGAAAUCUAUCACCACAACUAGAAAGAGCAUCUUGGUAUUAGUAAUAUUACAAAGUUUGGUUGCAAAAUGUUGUAAAAUACGGAAAAUAUAGCCCUUCAAAGUUGGCAAAUUUGUAUACUUUUGUAUUACGUGCGUCAAUCGGUAACUAAAUUAGUUAGCAAUUUCCGCACGUAAUAGACAUGUAUACAAAUUUCCGUAUUUUACAACAUUUCACAACCAAACUCUGCAGUUUUUCUAAUUUUGAUAACUUCUUUCCGAAAAUAUCUUUUGUUAUUCCCAGAUUAAAAAUUUUUCUAAAGCGCAAGUCGUCCAUUAAAUUGUGAAAAUAACACUAUCUGGAUGUCAUUUCCUAAUUUUGGGUAUAAAAUAUGGAACAACAAAAUUGAAAUAUAAUAGUUAUUGUUAAUACACUGCAAAAAAAAUGGGGAUAAAAGUUAAUGUAAUUAUUGACUAAGCAUACGGAUGUUUUUUUUUCAGAAGCUAACAUGGAGAGUUCAGAUGACAAUUCUGAUUUUACUGAUGAUACAUUUGAAGACAGCGAGGAAGAAGUUCUGAAAUAUUAUUUCUUUCGCGGAUUUACAUACGAAGAAAUUCUUUUGUUUCUGGCUAAACGGCAUCAUUGUACUAUAAGUUAUAGCACUCUUCUUCGGCGGUUGAAGAAAUAUUGUUUAAUGAGAAGAGGUGUAACAAACAAGGAUUCAUUUGAAAACACAUUUCUGCAAGUGCAGAGGCACAUAGCGGAACUUAUUAACAGGCCUAGCUCAUCCAUGGGGUACCGUACAUUAUGGCAUGCACUUGAACUAGAGGGGAUUUGUGUCCCUAGAGUAAUUGUUCAAGAUUUGUUAAAGGAAAUGGACCCUGAAGGUGCGGAACUUUGGAAAAGACAUCGUCUAAAAAGACGAGCCUACCACAAUCCUGGCCCCAAUUACUCAUGGCAUAUUGAUGGUUAUGAUAAACUUAAAUGUUGGGGUUUUCCAAUACACAGAGCGAUUGACGGCUACAGUCGAAGAAUUUUGUGGCUUUGUGUUACUCAUUCCAACAACUCGCCAAAUCAAAUAGCUUCUUUCUAUGCUGGAGUUGUUUUAGAACAAGGUGGUUGUCCAGUACAAUUAGUGACCGAUUCGGGAGCUGAAAAUGGAACUGCAGCCGCUUUACAGUCAUAUUUCCGUGAUAACUCCGAGGCUCAUCGAUACGUACCCUUUCCGAGAAACAUUGUGACCGAAUUUGAACAGAAUUUUUCUUCAUGA